AUGAACGAUACCUCACCAAACGCGGUAGCUUCGUCAUCUCGACAUACUCUUCCUUCUAUCCCUCUCCCCGACAGACCAUCACCUUCUACACGUCCGUCAUCCAGAUCCUUACGACGUCGUCUCAACAAUCGCACCAUAUAUUUCCUUCUUGCCCUCUUAUUCCCUGUACUCUCAGCGGCAAACCCCUUACCUCGCUCCAAACAACGGCAUCGCUCCACUCUAUCCAUACCACCUUGUGAUGAGCCCCAGCUCGACCAGGUAACAUCCCAUUUCAAUCAAUCAAUACACCUGUCGUCUGCUGGUCAUUGGGUUCUUUCUCACUUGAGCCGUCGCGAUGAACAACCAAUAUUGGCUAUAGCAAAUUUCGAUGCGAUAUCAGAGACUUGGAAAUUACCUGAAGGAUAUGUAGAACUGAGACAACAUUUCCAUGCCGGGUUCAUAGUGUUGUCCUACGCGAUCGCCUUUGUAGGAUCGUUGUGUACUUUAGAACUGCUCAUCAGACGUACGACAAACAGUGGAUGGAGGAAUCAACUAUUACUGGCAUCAGCUGGAUUCUGCUUCGGAGCGGUAUCGACAUUCGCUAUGCACUUUGUCUUCAACAACGCCCUUUCAUUACAUCACCCAAUGAUGGAUGAGAAAUCUUAUCCAGCAUUGUACCUCAGUUACGAUCCUGGCUUUACCAUCUUAUCACUCGUGGUAUCGUGUCUGGCCAUGACAACUGCUUUCUUCGUUAUGGGCACUCAACUUCGUGAUUGGCUUGUAUGGCCCGGUCAGAGGAAAGAUAAAUUAGAUGGUAGAAGGGGGAGCCCAUCGAAGAUCGAAGCUGCAGAUGAUUAUGGUAAAUGGAAGAAGUCACAUAAGAAAGUGCUACGAAGAGGAACGUUAGGUGUUGGGGCGUUAUUUGCUCAUGCUUCACAUGCUGCCAAGUGGUCUUUGAUGGAUUUAGAAGGUUUGGAGAGCGGAGGCAGAAGAAACUCGAAGGGUAAAGGAGAAGGGAAACAUACCAAUUGGAAAGAUGAAGCCCAAGGGAUGUAUACGCCCGUCGAAGGUGAGACGGAAAGGAUGUUUGGCGAUGAUGAUGCCUUGCAAGAAUUAGAUUUCCGUUUGGGAAAAGAUGCAGUUAGACAGGAAUUGGAAAGAAGAGCAGGAGCUUCUACACCAACUAGUACAAGAGCUUCUCAGCAGGGUUCAAUCGUGACCAGUCAUCACUCCAUCACUCCUCUUCCAGUCAUUUACGCCCCUUCAUCGAGGAGAUCCUCUGUGGCCUCAUCACAACCGAUCCCUCUACCCUCCCCCGACGUGUUCACUCCGGGGUUCAACUUCCCACCAAAGAUCGAACCUGAAUAUACCUCCUCUACCAACCUCAUCUCACCACCACCUGGCGGAAUUGGCAGAACUCCUUCACCGACAUUUGGAGAGACUGAACCGAUUUAUCAACCUGAACGUCGAAGAGCUUCACUUCCUGCCAAUGUCAUGGUUACUCAUCGUGAUCGACCAUCGUGGGGCGGACCGUCAACUACACUCGCACGUAUCCAAUCGCUUCCAGAGGGUGACGUCGAACCUUCCUCUUCUGGAUCCGUAGGAUCGAUCAUCUCGUCAAACGGGGAAAAGAAAUCGCAUAAAUCAGCAUCUCCACCUACCAUUACUGCUCGGUUGAGUUCAUAUACAGGUAAAUCUGAGAAUACCGUGGAUCGUAAUAGUAGGAGGAAGGUACGAUUAGUCGCACGAAGUACCAGAUUGACGAGAUUGGGGAUGUUCUUGGGUUUCGAUGUCGUGACACCUACUGAGAUCUUCAAGAUCUUCGUCACUGGUACGAUAGCUGGAUUUGGAGUGGUUGGAAUGCACUAUAUCGGCCAAGCUUCCAUCACUGGCUUGCCAUAUAUAGCCUACCACCCUGCCUAUGUGGUCGGUUCGGUCAUCAUCGCCUGCGGUGCCGUUAUCAUCGCAUUGUACAUCAUGUUCAUAAUGCUUCGACCCAAAUUGAAACACACCUGGUUCUCCAAGAUCUGUGUUGCUUUGAUCUUAGCGAUCGCAGUCACAUGUAUGCACUUCUGCGGUAUGAUGGGUACCACCUACGCCUGGCCAGUUUCUCGAGGCAUCAGUAAACAUAACAAACUCACCGGUACCAACGUGGUCAUCACCGGUAUCGUCGCGGCAUUAGCCUUCUCAGCUUGUAUAGCAUGUGCUGUGUUUUUCCUCCUACAUUCGCUCAAUAUCCGUAGAGAGAGAGCUCGGAGAAGAAGAGUGGUUGUGGCUGCUGUCUUACUGGAUGAUCGAGAUAGAGUUUUGGUCAAUUCGAUCGACGGGAUGUUACCCAUGGGCGAUAUUGCUUCUCUCACCGGGGGAGAUCUACCUGACACCAAGAAAUCUUACAUUCAAUCUGUAUCGAGCGAUUCAACGGUAUUAGGAAUGGACUUGACAACAGGUCACGAUGCUUUCGUGUCUGCUUUAAAACUAUCCUGGACGUGGAAAAAUCCCUCACUUGCUUCUGCAUCUGCCACCGCCACUUCCACUACGACCGAUGCAAGGUCUCAAGCCAAUGAAUCGAUCUUACAAGACACCUUCGCGGACAUCAGAAGAGGCUCGAUGCUCACCACCAAUACUACCACUGGGACUACAGGAAGUAGACCACCAGUUAGUGUAACCAAGUUCCUGGAAAGAUUUACGAUCUCCUCUUGUCAACUUGCUGUAAGGUUGUUGGGUCAGACAGACGGUAUAUCGAGAUUGGGUGUAUUGUAUGAUCAAAUUCUCACUACCGGAUGGGUCAAGCUCAAUAACAGUAACGAUACCGUUUCGAAAGGACAAUUGAUCUUCCUAGUUCGACGAGUGGCCUCUGCAGCCGAAAGGGCAGACCUCGAAGCUAGGCAUUUCAUCUUCGCCGACUCUCAAGCUGUGGCUAUUGCGUUACACAAGACGCUUUCGGUUCCCUUCGACCAUACCAUGCCCCUUUUAGAUGAUAUGCGUACCUUCUGCGAUUCGACUUUACAAUCCCGCUUACAACCUGGCAAGCUGUAUGCUGGAGUAGCAGUGGUCCAAGCUACUCCUUUCGAUGGUUUACGAAUCCUAUUAGAGAAGGAUACGAGAUCGCAAUUGCCUAUGAGAGAGGUGUGCGCUCUCGGUGUACCGAACAAUGACGAGAACGAAUUGAGCGGUACGGUAGAAGAGAUAGGUGAAGCUUUGGCUUUGUUAGAGGGAAUGACGAUCUUAUCGAUAAUGACUCGAAACAUGACUCCGGAUACCAACGGCUUACUAUCCAAGAGACUGACUGCCUUGAUGGUCGAGUUGGAAAGAGCGAUCGUACCGAUGUUAGAUGGGAUCUUAACUUCGGAAGACAUGUCGCAUAUCUUACCUCGACUUACCCUUCAUCCGAUGUUGAUACCACUCACACCGGGAGAUUCGAAACGGACGAUCAGCUCUUACAUCCCUCCAUACGCCAUUAUAUUCUAUGCCAACUAUGAUGCGGCAGUCAACACAUUUACGGAUAAAUGGUUACCUUUCUCUCUGUUCAGAGCUCAAAACGCUUGUGUGAUGGGUCCUAAGAUUGCAGCUGCGGCAAAGAUGGAUCAACUCUAUACUGCUCAUACUUCCUCGAACGAUACCCCUUUACCAGGUGGUAGAAGACCAUCAAAAGUUCAAUUUGAUUUCCCCGACAAAGAUAAAGAGAAAGAAAAAAAUCAACAACCACCUAAUUCAGCUAUCCAACAAGAGCCGCCUGAAGGGAUGUUUAACGAUUUUACUUUCCCUCCAAAAUCGGGGGAACAUUCUCCUUCUCGACCUUCCCAUUCAAUCCUUGGUCAUGGCGCUGGACAUGGGCAUGGACAUGCUAGGAAAUCUUCUCUGGCCAGAUCAUCAAGGUAUAAUUCGAUCAGCGGAGAAUCGACUUCACCCUCGACUUAUGGAUAUGGGAUAAAUGCAGGUCAUCAAGAUGAUUUCAAGAGUUCGUCUGCGGGGGUGGCAGUAUGGGAAGCAGAUUGGCUCUUACAUCUUCUAAGAAUGAAGUUGAGAGCUGAGGCGUAG